GAUUUGUUAUAAUAUUACGACAGCUCAGGUAGGAUGUGGUUAUCUCCUGGUUAUCUUAUAUAAAAUAGAGUGAGCAAGGCAAGGCCACAGUGAUUCCGUCCAAACAUCUGUAAGAAUGAAUCCUCGGAUAUACCUAACAGUUACAUUAACUGCUGUCCUGAUAACAGCGUUGGUAGGAGCAGACAAUAAUACUACUAACGCUAAUGUAACUACUCCAACAGUGACUGAUUCUACAGUUGCUACUGGCAACGCAGGACCGACAGCGGUUAAAGCUGGCCAGAGCACGACAAGCAAGGCAGCAACAGUGCAAACAACAACACCGAAGCCAAUUACCUGCUCGACAGGAACGUGUAAUGCCAACGAAACUUGCAUCAACUCUACAGGUUUUACAGGUACAACUAAAACAUGUGCAGCUGGUGAGAGUUGUGCUGUAAAUGAAACCAAGGGCAACACAACAAACACGUAUGACGUAUCCUGCUUAUCAGCAACCGCUUGUCAAACCAUUACAAAAGCAGGCACUGGAGCUUGUUGUAACACAAAUAACUGUAAACCAGACUUGAAGGCCGCUCAAGCAAAGGCUCGUGGUGGUGGUGGUGGUGGUGGGGGAAGUGAUUAUCUAAGGAUUAAUGUGAAUGCUUUCGUUUGUGUAGCUUUCAUAGCAUUGAAAAACAUCUAUGGAUACGUUUAAACUUUAGUUGUAGGACAUGUAUGAAGAUAAUAAGUUAAAUAUUUUUAAGACGCUUUACUUUUGUUUUACUUAUACAUUUCUUGAUCUAAAAAACAGAAAUGCAAGAUAAUUGAGGGUCUUAUGAAACUGAUUUUUGCAGAUGAACGGACCUUAUGACAUUUACAUGCAUUACAUGACUUACUGUUACUCUAAAUAUCUUGUUGAUGCUUUGAUAAUCUUUGCUACAUUUAUCUCCUCCAAUUUGAAAACAUUUUCAAUUUUUCAACUAAGAAUAAAGAAUUUUAUAGAUU